AUGGCCCCGGUGGUUUUAACCAAGAGAGCAGAUCCAGCUGAGCUUAGAACAAUAUUUUUGAAGUAUGCAAGCAUUGAAAAAAAUGGUGAAUUUUUUAUGUCUCCCAAUGACUUCGUCACUCGAUAUUUGAAAAUUUUUGGAGAAAGCCAGCCUAAUCCAAAGACUGUGGAACUUUUAAGUGGUGUAGUGGAUCAGACCAAAGAUGGAUUAAUAUCCUUUCAAGAAUUCGUAGCAUUUGAAUCUGUCCUGUGUGCCCCGGAUGCUUUGUUCAUGGUGGCUUUUCAGCUAUUUGACAAAGCUGGCAAAGGAGAAGUUACUUUUGAGGACGUUAAGCAAGUUUUUGGACAGACCACAAUUCAUCAACAUAUUCCAUUUAACUGGGAUUCGGAAUUUGUGCAACUACAUUUUGGAAGAGAAAGAAAAAGACACCUGACGUAUGCAGAAUUCACUCAGUUUUUACUGGAAAUACAAUUGGAGCAUGCAAAGCAAGCCUUUGUGCAAAGGGACAAUGCCAGGACUGGAAAAGUUACAGCCAUUGACUUCCGAGACAUCAUGGUUACCAUCCGCCCCCAUGUCUUGACGCCUUUUGUAGAAGAAUGUCUAGUAGCUGCUGCUGGAGGUGCUACGUCCCAUCAAGUUAGUUUCUCCUAUUUUAAUGGAUUCAAUUCACUCCUUAACAACAUGGAACUCAUUAGAAAGAUCUACAGCACUCUGGCUGGCAACAGGAAAGAUGUAGAGGUGACUAAGGAGGAGUUUGUUCUGGCAGCUCAGAAAUUUGGUCAGGUUACACCCAUGGAAGUUGACAUCUUGUUUCAGUUAGCAGAUUUAUAUGAGCCACGGGGACGUAUGACCUUGGCAGACAUUGAACGAAUUGCUCCAUUGGAAGAGGGCACUCUGCCUUUCAACUUGGCUGAGGCCCAGAGGCAGAAGAAGGCCUCCGUCGACUCAUCCCGACCAGUUGUCCUGCAGAUUGCAGAGUCAGCCUACAGGUUUGGUCUGGGUUCCAUUGCUGGAGCUGUCGGAGCCACUGCCGUGUAUCCCAUCGAUCUUGUAAAAACUCGAAUGCAGAACCAACGAUCAACGGGCUCUUUUGUGGGAGAACUUAUGUAUAAAAACAGCUUUGACUGUUUUAAGAAAGUGCUACGCUAUGAAGGCUUCUUUGGACUGUAUAGAGGUCUGUUGCCACAGUUAUUGGGAGUUGCCCCAGAGAAGGCCAUAAAACUUACAGUGAAUGAUUUUGUGAGGGAUAAAUUUAUGCACAAAGAUGGUUCGGUCCCACUUGCAGCAGAAAUCCUUGCUGGAGGCUGUGCAGGAGGCUCCCAGGUGAUUUUCACAAAUCCUUUAGAAAUCGUCAAGAUCCGUUUGCAAGUGGCUGGAGAGAUCACUACUGGUCCCCGAGUCAGUGCCCUGUCUGUCGUAAGGGACCUGGGGUUCUUUGGGAUCUACAAGGGUGCCAAAGCAUGCUUUCUGCGGGACAUUCCUUUCUCGGCCAUCUACUUCCCAUGCUAUGCUCAUGUGAAGGCUUCCUUUGCAAAUGAAGAUGGGCAGAUUAGUCCCGGAAGCUUGCUCUUGGCUGGCGCCAUAGCUGGUAUGCCGGCGGCAUCUUUAGUGACCCCUGCUGAUGUUAUCAAGACGCGAUUACAGGUGGCCGCCAGGGCUGGCCAAACCACUUACAGCGGGGUGAUGGACUGCUUUAGGAAGAUACUGCGGGAAGAAGGCCCAAAAGCUCUGUGGAAAGGAGCUGGUGCUCGUGUGUUUCGAUCCUCACCCCAGUUUGGUGUAACUUUGCUGACGUACGAAUUGCUGCAGCGAUGGUUCUACAUUGAUUUUGGAGGCGUGAAACCCGUAGGAUCGGAACCGGUUCCUAAAUCCAGGAUCGUACUGCCCGCUCCCCAUCCUGAUCACGUUGGAGGCUACAGACUGGCCGUUGCAACGUUUGCAGGGAUCGAAAACAAAUUUGGACUGUACCUACCUCUCUUCAAGCCGUCCACAUCUGCGGCACAGGUCACCGGUGGAGGCCCAUAG